AAAGGCUCAUAACCUAAAAUUUCCCCGCAAGUAAAGUUCUUCAUGUGCGGUAAACAUGUGUUUAUAAAAUUAUAAAACUACAAUCUGUAGAUUGUAAAAUUAAUAUUUGACUUGAUAAAUUAAUAGUAAAAAAUUUAUUCAUUUAAGAAGAAGAAAAAAAAAUUUAUUAGAAAGGAAUCAAGUAACUUUAAUUGGAUACAAAAAUGGGGAAGUUAAAUGUAACAAUGUUGAGAUAUUUAAACAAAGAUGACUUUCGUGUUCUAACAGCGAUUGAAAUGGGAAUGAAAAAUCACGAAUUAGUGCCAGCUUCACUAGCCGCACAAAUUGCAAAUUUACGUCAUGGCGGUGUACACAAACUUUUGCAAGAACUUUGCAAACAUCGUUUAUUAAGUUAUGAACGUGGAAAACACUAUGACGGUUAUCGUUUAACGAACGCUGGCUACGAUUAUCUGGCAUUAAAAGUUCUCGCUGCACGCGGUAUCGUUGCAUCUUUCGGCAGUCAAAUCGGCGUCGGAAAGGAAUCAAAUAUUUACGUUGUUGCCAAUGACGAUGGCACACCUUUAGUGUUAAAAUUACAUCGUCUUGGUAGAACAUGCUUUCGAAAUAUUAAGGGUAAACGCGAUUAUUUCCAACACAGACGAUCGUCAUCUUGGCUCUAUCUUUCUCGAAUAUCGGCGACCAGAGAAUUCGCCUACAUGAAGGCUUUGGAGGAAAGAGGUUUUCCAGUUGCAAAACCAAUAGAUUUUAAUAGACAUUGCGUUAUUAUGGAGUUGGUCGAUGGUGGACCACUGUGUAAUGUACAUGAAGUGGAAGAUGUUGAGGGUCUGUAUGACGAUCUAAUGAAUUUGAUUGUAAGACUCGGAAAUUAUGGUGUGAUUCACGGUGAUUUUAAUGAGUUUAACAUUAUGAUAACAAAUGAAGGAAAGCCAAUUGUUAUCGAUUUUCCGCAAAUGGUUUCUACUGAGCAUCUUAAUGCUGAACUUUAUUUCGAUCGAGAUGUUACUUGUAUAAGGGAUUUUUUUAAAAGAAGAUUCGGCUAUGAGAGUGAAAUGUUCCCCACCUUUAAAGAUCUUAGUCGAGAAGAUUGCAUGGACGUGGAAAUAAAAGCAAGUGGCCUAACGAGGCAGAUGGAAAAAGAUUUACUCCUCGAAAUGGGUAUGGACUCCGAAAAGUCUGAUGAUGGCGACGAAGAAAAAGAAGAAGCUGAAGACAAUGAUGAUGAUGAUGAUAACGACAAAGAUGAUAAAUUCGAAGACGCAGUAACGAAACAAGACACUGAAGACAUCGAUAAACUUCGUUUAGAAGUCGAUGAAUUAUGUGAAGCGGGUUUUGGCCCCAACUCUAAAAAUCAAAUAAUCAAAGCUGAGGAGCAACUCUCUAAACUUUCGAUAGAAUCUAAAAACCAUAAAAUUCAGAAAGAAGAGAAUUCAGUGGAUAAUUCGAGUUCAGAAGAAACGGACGAUGUUCCAGAAUUAAUAUCAUCGAAUAAUCAAACAUACGAUAGAGAUUUCAGUGAAAGUAAGAGUGUGAGAAGUUACACUUCAACUUCGACGAUUGAUCCAAGUGUUAUUAAAAGCAGAACUAAAGAGGCUUUAGUAAGAAGAAAUAAAAAGGGUUCCUGUCGAAGAGUAUUAGUGAAAGGUGAAGCGAGUGCCACUUCGAGAAGUCGAAGAGAAAGCAGAGACACAAUUAAACAGUCCACAGGAAUUUGGGGCUGGGAAUGAGUCAUUAAAUUCAGUUUUGUUUCUUUUUAUUAUUAUAAUUUAAUAUUUACGCGAAAUAUAUAUUCUUAUCGUUCUUAAA